CGGCGUGAGAUGGGCUGUCUAAUGGGCUGCCGCGUCGCCAGCGUUGCCACUAUGGGACGGAGUAACUGCAUGUCGGGUAUCUGCCUGUACCCGUUGGACCAGGGGGACAUGGCUCCUGAUGCGGAAUAUGACCAGUAACAAGAUUCAUCGCGAUCCCGCAGCCUGGUGGCUUGCUCUAGAUGCGCCUAGCGUCUUUCUUUUCUUCUUUUCGUUCUCGUCCAAGAGUACGGGGGAAAUACACGCUGCUGCUUGUUGUCCCGUUCAUCACACCUCGUUUUUCGCCAUUUGCAUCUGUAGACUUCGUUUGCACACCUUGUAUCAUCCGCAAGGGUGCCCUUCUUUUUUUUUUUAUAUUUUUUCCCGUCCUCGGGUUUGUGCUGCCCUUCUCUUGUUUUAGUUCCUCCCGCAAGCCAAGACAUCUUACACUGGCUCUUAUCAAUCUAACUACACAUCGACAACCCAACAUCCACCGUUCCAGCAACCAAACGAGCGCCAUCUGACGCUCGCUGCUCGCGUGGUAAAUGUCUUCCCACCUUUCCUUUAUCCAGCGUGUCGGCACGAAUACUGACCCUCUUAUAGAGAUAGAGCCAUCCAUGUCCUAGCAGCACCUCAUCAUGACCCUCGCAGAGGCCUCCACCGCCAACCCCGAUGGCAAGGAGAGCUCCUCCAGUUCUUACAGCGCCGUUGACUUCGAACGGUUCACCGUCAGUGCCCAGGAGAAGCUUGCCGCCGACCUCAUGUAUCGGCAAUUCGAGACUGGCCAAAGUAAUGCCAUUGAGCGACUGGUAGCGUUGAAAGCAGACUUGCGUGAUACAGGCGACGAUGUAUUCUGGAGAGACCUUAUGAAGGAACUGACUAGUAUAUGCAACGCUCAGUGUGGUUUUGUGGUAGAGGAACUGGCCUCACAUGGUAGCAUUGAGGAGGAUGCUAUAGGCCUGUCGUCCUCGACCUCCCACCUCGCACCGAUCGUCUACUAUAACAAUGGUUCGGACGAAAUUAUCCAUCGGAACUACAAACCAUGGGCUUGGGACCUGCCUUACCACAUCAUGGCUAGAGAUAUGCACAAGUCAUUUCUCGUGGCUGACAACCUUGUUUCGCUUGUCGGAGAGUCUGGCAUGGCUCAUUUCCCCUUUCCUAUGGCAGCCUGUCUGGCAGUCCCGCUCUUCGACUCCCGUGUCCCUGUCGCUCGCGUGGGUCUUAUGUGGACAACUGUUGGGCUGGAAAAGAGAAAUGUUUCUUGGGCGUAUCUUGAGAUGAUACUGCACUCGUUGGAAGACUUAAUACUACAGCGAAUGGAGGAGAGCGCGACAAUUCGCCAGCUCGAGAGCCGUUACUCUCAAGAGAACGAGCGCCAGAUAGAGAGAGAAAGAGAAAGAGCUCGGGAGAUGGAGCGAUCUAGGUGUCGCUCUCAGUCUUCUAAUCGCCAUCCUACUCCCUACCGACCAGGCGCAGGCCAGCCGACUCUCAAGCUAUAUGCGCGCAGUAUGUCCCAUGAGCUACGGACACCCAUGCACGGGGUCGUCGGGAUGCUCGAUAUGAUUCAUGGAACUGUCGCAGACACUAUCCAGAGGGCAUCGGAUGGAGACGAGCAUUUGACUGCCGCUAUGGUCAAGACCUUCGAAAGUCUCAGGGGUGAUAUCGAGAUGGUUCAAGGUAUGAUCUCUGCCUUCUUUUUACCUAGUUUUCACGAAAUAGUUUCGAUUAACUAACAACAAUACCAACAGAUUCCGCUCGGCGUGCUAUAGAAGCUGCGGACAACAUCGUCCAUGCCUAUGACCUUAACAUGCAAGUCCCAGACACGCUCGAAAACUCCAUAACGGACGACACCCCUUGCCUCUCCCGCCAAUUUUCCUCCCAUCCUUCAAAUGAACUACGACCCAUCUUUGGUGCAGGAAUCGACGUCUCUAUCAACCGCAAACGACCAUAUGGCGCUAAUUCCUCCCGUGGAUCUUCCCCCACCCGCCAGCCCAGGUCAGUCAAAUCUCCCCGACGUGAACGUUCAAGAACUGCGGAAGUCAGGAGCGUCGUUGAGGAGAGUGAUAAGAUCGUACAUUCAACACCUGCUAGGGGAGAUAUUCAUGAUGCCUUUAUGGACGCUGUAGCUCCUCCAGAUAAUGAUGCCGAUAGCCCUGAAAAUCAUAGAGGAGAGCAAUCAGAUAAAGCAUCACGUCCCCGCAAACACACCCGGUCUUUGUCCAGAGUAACCCGACCUGUUCCAAUCUUCCCGCCUAUGGUUCUACAUUAUACCAAGAUAAGGGAACUACUUCGUCUUGUGAUUAAUGAGUCCUUACAUGUUGGCGGCCGUCCCGACUCAACAAUCACAAUACCUACCGACACUGGAGAACGAAUUGAAAUCCGUUCCCGUUCCUCGAAUGGAACCGCAUCAACAAAGCAGAUUUCCUGGUCUGUCGACGAUUGUGUCCCUGAAACACUAUACGUAGACGAAAAGGAUCUUGCCAAACUCGUUUCCUGCAUUUUCCUGAACGCUCUCAAAUUCACAGAAUCAGGUUCUAUCAAUAUCACGGCAAAACUGAACCAUACGUCACGAUAUGUCAUUAUCAAUGUCACGGAUACCGGUACUGGAAUCCCAGAGGCUUUUCUACCCAAUCUAUUUAAGGCUUUUGCCAGGGAAGAUGGAUCAACUACCCGCAGUAAAGAAGGACUUGGACUGGGCCUUCUUGUGGCCAAGGGACUAUCAAGAAAGCUUGGUGGUGAUCUAAUAUGUGUGCGCUCCUCAACCUCUGGAGAGCUCCAGGGUUCAGAAUUUGAGAUCCGAUUGCCCAUUGUUCCAAACGAUGUUCUUAGUAGGCCGAGUACACCUAGGACCUGUGCCUCAGUGAAUUCCACUGCUAGCACCCAUACAUGCAUAAACACUGUCGGCGAAGUUAAUGGUGGUAAAGAGAGCCAACUAGACGGCCAUACACGCGAACCAGAGCAUCCACAAGAUUGCGCAGUACCAUCAACAGAGACGCAUAUACCAGUUCAUUCUCGGCCUACAACACCUCAAUUACAAACGCAAACACAAGCGCAAACCCGUACCUUCGAUGUUGUUCAAUCUCCGGUACACAGACCGCCACUACCGGUCUCUCUAUCCACGCCUAUUAUCUCAACCCCAAUGUCGACUAUCACUCCAUUCGACCACCAAAGCCCUUACCUCAACGGCCGCCAGACUCUUGCUGAACGUCACCCACUCACUUUCAUGGUCGCAGAAGACAACCUGAUCAACCGGAAAAUCUUAGUCACAAUGCUUGAACGACUAGGCUAUACAGAUGUAUACCAGGCAUUCGAUGGCCGUGAUGCUGUAAGAGUUGUCAAAGAAGUCCUGGAGGGGAACUCCUCCCAAUUUGCUGUCGAAGGCAGCACCCCUAAUGCCUCACCAAAAACCAUCUCGCUUCCGCCCCCGGCUCUUCCCCAACAUCAGGACCAAUCCCAACCCCAUCCCUCCUCCGAGAGCCAAACCCAGUCUCAGAAUCAACAUCAGCAUCAGGCCCAGCCCCAGCCCCAGCCCCAGUCCCAGUCCCAGUCCACGUCGCCUUCCCAAUCACCCUCACCAUCCCCAUCCCCCUGCCAAUUCUCGCCUUCUCCUUCGCGUUCCCCUUCUCCGGCUCCUUCUACCGAAUCGAAAUUUAUUGAUGUAAUCCUCAUGGACCUAUGGAUGCCGGACAUGGAUGGCUACGAGGCCACAGAACGGAUACUCUCCCUAGUCUCUUCAUACCGCGAACGAAUGGUGAAAUAUGACCCUGCAAACGUGCCGCCCCCAGGACCUACAGUGCUCGCUGUCAGUGCAGACGUUACUGACGAAGCGCUACGACGAGCUACUAAGGUCGGCAUGGAAGGAUACAUGACAAAACCAUAUAAGCUGCGAGACUUGGAGAGGUUGUUGGUUGAGUUUUGUGCGCGACAGAGUAAAUGGAGGAUAUAACGGGAUCGUGUAAUCCCCACCUCCUCUCUCCUUUCCCCUUUUUUUUAUCAUUAUUCUUCUUAUUCCCCUAAAACUUAUUCUUUUCUUUCUCCCACCUCCUUCUCUACCUCAUUCCCUGCUCUUUUUAGGAGACGGCCGUUCACUAUAAAACACCCAUUUCCGCUCCCUAUACUCCGUAUGGAUGAUGAUGACUUAUGACUUGUCCUUCUUGUUAUCCCUUUUCUUUUACAUUUAAACUUAUCUUAUUCCCCAUCCACCUAGGUGGUUUUCAUUUAAUGUCCUGAUUGUUGGUAUGUGGUCUUUUUGGCCUAUGCGGUUUUGGUUUCGGGGGAGAUGGUGAUGUCUACAUAUAUACCUACUUUCUAUUUUUU